AUGAAGACACGCACAGCCAUCCAUUUCGCCGCUGCAGUCUAUUAUGCUCAGAUUGCCGCGGGCGAGAACGAUCAACACAAGUGCGUCGACGCGACUGGCGCCGAGGUGACGGCAGACAGAUGUAAAAGCAGCGCGAACCCUGGCACCAUCUUAAUAAGCAGGCGUGACGAGCCGCCUGUCGACAGCGACGAAAAGAGGGCCCUCCCCAAGGCCAGCAGGAUCAAGAGAGGAGGUUUCGGCACUCCAACUACGUUGGCCAAGCGUCACAAGCAUACUAAUGGAUCCACUCCUAUCAUAGUGGGCUACAGGCCUAGACCUGGUGGGACCCGCGGUGCUUAA